GGGAGUCCUUCUGAAAUCCUCCUAGCGGUCCUUGGCAGUCCCUGGGUACCCAGGUGACGUCCCGCUAAGCCAGGGGACCUUAGUUACUUCGGAUUCUUCUCUGCCCCACAAAAACACUGCCGGAUUCUUCAGGAUAAGAUGGAACUCAUUGUUGUUCCAUUGAUCGGUUAACUUAAACCAUUGCUAAAAGGAGGUCAUAUACCGAUAAUUAUCAAAUGGAAAAAAAAAUUUAAUCGAUCAAUGGUCAAGAGAAAAAUUAAUUAUCAACUACGAUUUUGCUGACUUUUUUGUUCGCUUACAUCAUGGUUAUCGCAAAAUGGAUAUCAGAUGAUGGACAUCAAACGUCAAACAUCAGAUGACGGACCAAACACAAUUUUAAAGUUCGGCGUCAACUGGGGGUACAGAGGGGUCAAGUCCAGCCUCUAGCCCUGCAUCUGCAGUAAGUCUUGCGAUGGCAGCACCCAAGUACGGCACACUAGUGCCAAACCGUAUUUUUGUUGGAGGAAUCUCAGCCAGCACGAGCGAAGCAGAACUUGCCCAGCUCUUCUCUACAUAUGGAAACGUUAAAGGAACAAAAAUAAUCUCCGACAGAGCUGGCGUGUCUAAGGGUUACGGAUUUGUUACAUUUGAAACAGAAGAGGAAGCUAAACGGCUUCAACAAGAGUCCGAAUGUAUUGUGCUAAGAGAGAGGAAACUUAAUAUUGCUCCGGCAAUCAAAAAGCAGCUGUUCAAUCGUUCUUUUGAUGGUAGUUCAGGUUCUCCUCCAGCGGUACCUACGAGCACCUACUAUUACACAAAUGGAAUGGGUCUUGCUUAUCAAAAUGGUAUGACCUUUUACAAUACAGGAGGUCCAGCUCCCGCGACUCCAGUGGCUCCACAGGCUGAUCCUACGACUCUAUACCAAGCAACGAGUGUAUUUGGCCCUCAAGCGACGGCUGGUCAUCAAACUUUUGCUCCAGUGAUGUAUCCCUGUCCUGCGCCAUCUUUAUACGUUCCGCAGCCAUAUCCAUACUCUCCGAUGCCUUACGAGCCGUAUUACGCGGGGGCAGCAGCAGCCGGUGCACCUCAAUACCUUUAUGCGACUAACAGCUCGCAGAAUACUUCCAAUGGCGGCGGCGGCUCAUCCGGUGGUGGUACCAACGGCACAGGUGCAACUAGUCCCCCGGUCGGACCACCUCCAGCUAUUGCAUCUUUGGCCGCCCCACCGCAGACUCAUCACUUUUACGCCCCCGGAGCUCCCCCGCCUCAUCAUCAUCCCCCAGUACCUGCGGGACCUCCGCAGCCACAGGUGGAUCACUUAUACUACUCUUUUGCAGCUGGCCCACCUCCUCCGCCUCCUCCGCAUACUCAGAUAGGCCUCGCAGACCAGCAGCUAUUAUUGUACACGACAGAUGGUACCUGCCAGCCCCAACAAUCUAACGACAGUCAGGGACAGCCACAGGAGACUUGCUUAAACGAUAACGACGCAGACGGUAGCGUCGCUCAGAUGCACUGUAGAACGAUCGUCUAUCAUCCAGCGACUGUCUACAUUCCACACUCCCACGCUCCUCCGUUUCAUCAGUCUUCUGGGGGACCUAGUCUUCUGCCAACACCAACACCUGCGUCUCAACCACAUCAUACCUCGCUUCAAUCUAAUAUAAAUCCAAAAUUACAAACCAUUAUGUCUCAGCGUGGCGAUUAUUCAAAAGCGGUCGUGGCUUCGGCACAGGGUAGUUUUGUCAAGUCCCAGAAUUUAAGUAUUUCGUUGAUUUCAUCCGGUGUACAUCAUCAGGGUAGCGGCUAUGGAAAAAGUCACGGUGUUUCAACGCAGUCACAUAAAUAUGCUAGUUCGCAAUCAGAUUUUGCUCAGAAAUUCACUGCCAACGUAGUGUCAACGGCUCGCUUUCCCGCUCACCACCAAUAUACCAAAAGAUCAUCGGGCACGAAUGCGGGCUCGACGAUGUAUUUUCCUGGGCAAAGAUCUGGCUACGGUUCCCACAAAUCAAUGGGUUUUGCAACAGGCGCAGUUUUGAAUGGUUUUAAUUAUCCCACAUCGUGUUCGGGUCCUCAAAAAACAGGAGGGUAUAUAACAGGCCAAAAUUACGAUACUUUGAGAGGUGGUAGCUAUAACUAUAUACAAAAAAACAAUACCGGUGGUCAAUACAAGACCAGAAGAAGCUUUGACAAUUCCAAUAGUUCCGGUCAACAGACAUCUGAAAAUUUUCACACAACCAAUCAAACUGUUUCUCAAAUCACUCACAACAACAACAACACAGCUGAUACCGCUACUACGGUAAUUUCUGAAAAAUCGUCGAGCCCGCCGCCUGCCCCAUAUUCUCCAAUGACUCGGCCCCUCCCAACCCUCUCACCACCCGUUCCCCAGGUCCAGUUCUACGCUCCGACUCAGAACCGUUAUCAGCCAGCGAUGCCUCCACCGUCUACAACAUCUGGUCAGCAACAACAACAGCAGCACCAGCAGCAGCAGCAGCCUGCACAGCGACGAUACACAGCAGCUCCACCCGUACGAAGGCCAUCCGAAAAGUAUCCUGGGACACCGUCCCAGGGUUCUAUGUUACGUCAGCAUAAGUACAAAACCAACGGAUUGAUGCAAGCGGGUGGUAAAUCCACCGACGACAGUCUAGGAGGAGCCGGCGAUGCCCCACCCGGCGUUGGUCGAAUGCCAUUAACCCCACCGGGGACUCCUAGAAAUAAUCACCCUGCACAUUCUACCACAGAUCAGAACCAAAUCAACGAUACUUGUCACCAGAUACAGGCAUUGAGCCUCUAAUUUUGAUUACGUUUCUUAAUGGUUAAUAAUUAAAUGACCACCCGAGGAGUUGAAAUAUCAAUUUUGCUCUACAAAUACAAAGAAAAACAAAAAAUGAAAUGAAAUGAAACAGCCGCAUACCGACAGAUGGUGACAAAAAGCGAAUACAUAAAAUAAACAAUAACAUAAACAAUAAUAAUAAUUAUAACAAGGAAUAUUAUAGUUAUUACAUAUGAUAAUGAUAAUAACUUGAUAUAACACUUAUAAGAGGAAUUUGUAUAUAGGUGUAUGAAUAUUCAUAGAAAUCUCCGGAUCUAAAAAGUUUUUGUGUGUGUGAAAGUAGGGGAAACAAAAAAAAAAUAACCAAUAGCAAAAAACAAAAUUAAUCACACGCGCAAAACGAACUUUUAUUUUUUCGUGAUCUCAUUCCUGUGACCGUGUUUAUGAACGUCGGGACCUUACAAAGUGUGAGUUAAACAAAAAAAGAAAUUCCCCAAUUUAUUGAUUGAUUCGUUAAAACGAUGUUAUUGAGCUCCUUAUUAAUUGUAAAAGAAAAAAAAAAAAAAAAAAACGAAUUAAAAAAAUUGUUAAAUAUUUAUAAAGACAAGUUGAAGUGAAGAAGAGGGAGAGAAAGAGUAAAGCAGAUAGCUAGUGAUGUAGAGAAAAGAAAGCAGAAAGAGAGAAAAAAAUAGAGAGAGAGGAGAUAAGAAAAAAAUAACAAUAAUAUUUGAAAAAACAAAAAACAAAAAGCAAAUAAAAGGUGAUGUAAUUGUAUAUAAGAUACUAUGAUUAAUUAAUUAAAAAUAUUUAAAUAUAUGAUAUUGUUAGAUGCGAUAUACACGAGAUAAUAUAUUAUACAUAAAUAUACUAUAUACACAUAUAUUAAAACAUAUACUGUAUCGCGAUACACACAGGUAUACAAAAACAUAAUAUUACAAUACCUAUUAUACUUAAAUAUCGCUGCAUACAUACCCUGUAAUAUUGCUUUCAUUUUCUAUUUUUCUUUUUUCUUUUUUUUUCUACUCCUCCAGUUAUUUUGAUUCCAUAUUUUUCCUUGGUCGUUUCUCGUUUUUCCCCCAAACUGAAUGUCAAAUGAAUUUCGUUCUUUAUCUCACCUCCCUGAAACAAAUUAAAAUUAUACAUAUAUUCAUAUAGGUGUACAUAAUUUUUUUUCUCUCGCUCGUACAAACGCAUUCAUAUAUAAAUAUAUAUAUAUAUAAAUAUAUCUAUUACAAAUAUCUCUCCAUAUAUAUAUAUAUAUAUACACACACACAUAAUACAUACAAAUCGAUAUUGUACAUCUACGUGUCAUGCGAUAUGAAAUAGUAAUAAUCGGUGCAUGAUAGGCUCGAAUGAGAAACGAGAGUAUGUAAGAAAAUUAAAUUUUGAGAAAAGGGAAAGCAACAAACAAAAAGCUAAAACAACAACAGUAACCGAAUCUUUCACGAGCAAGGCUAGAUUAGUUAGAAAAAAGACAAGUAACAUAAUAAUCGAAUGGUAGUCUGAAUUAUAAAAUUAACAUUGAAAUAAUAAUAAUAAUAACAAUAAUAAUAAUAAUGAUUAUUAUGAUAAUAGUAUUGUAAUCGUACAAAUCGAGCGAUCGGUCAUGUGUUCAAAAAAAAUUAAAAUAAAAUGAAAUUAUAGUAAUGAUAAUAGUUAGAUAUUAUAAAUAUAUAUACAACAUUGAAACGAAUGAGAAGAAAUGAAUAUAGAGAGGAGGCAGAAAAAGAAGAACGAAAAGAUGAAGAAUGAGAGUUGAAAAAAAGAAAGACAAAAAAAAAUUGAUAAAAUAACUCGAAUAAUAAUUAGUAAUAAUAUCUAUUGUUACAUAUAUUCUAAGUAUGGAAAAAAACGUAUACAUAUUUAAAUAUAUUAACGAUAACGAUAAUAAUAAUUAAUUGAAUAAUAAUAAUAACGAUAAUGAAACGAUAUUAUUAUCAAAUAAUAUAACAAAGACAAAAGCAUUAUCGAUAAUUGUUAUUGUUAUGUUAUAAUAAUAUUAGUGAAAUAAUGUUAUUUAUUUGGUAAUUAUAAUAACAAUAAUGAUAAUUAUAAGAAAAGUAUAAGAACGGAGUUAUAGGGAAGCAGAGAUAAGACGAAGUGUUAGUAUUCGUAUAACGGUUGCUCAAGGCACUGCCACGUCUAUUUUUCUUCUUUUUUUUUCCUUUUUUUCUAUCUCAAUAAUUUAUCACCGUCGCACUUAUUUAGUUCGUUAUCUAGAUUAGAAUCAUCAUUUUUAUUAUUGAUAACCAAUGUUACUGUUCUAUUGUCUAUUGCCUGUUCCUUAUCCUCCUUUUCCUUCUACUUUCACCUCCUCCUUCUCUUUCUUCUUUUUCCGACGAAAAAUAAGAAAAUAUAAAAACGAAACGAAAACCAGAAACCCGAGAGCGGACAGGAAUCACUCGUCGUUAUCGAUGAUACACACAUUAUUACACGUAUCAUUUGAUUAGAAUUAAAUAAAUAAAAUUAAUAAUAGUAAUAGUAGUAAUAAGAAUCAUAAUUUAUUGUGCGCGAACCUUGUCGUAUUAUUAUGUAGCUUUUAGCAUGAUAUAAUGCAACAUAUAUGUAUAUAUACAUAUGCAUAACUAAAUAUGUAAUGAAUAUAAUAAUUACAAUGAUAAUAAUAUUGACGCUGAUGACGACGAAGAGGGCGGGGGAGAGAAUACGAGGGGAAAAAGUAACGUUGUAUAAAACGGUGGAAGAAAUGAAACGAGUUGAAAGCAAAAAUGAUAAUUUAAUGGAAAAAUCGAAUAGAAUUACAUGAACGUCAAUUCUCGUAUGAAAAUAUAACGAUCCCCCUCCCUCCGUCGUACGCUAUAAAAAUUCCGAGUGAAUAAAUUAUUAAGGGAAGGGAAGAAAAAAUUAUAACAAAAACAACGAUGAGAAUUAUUAAGGGAAACCAAGAAAGAACGAUGAAAGACAAAAAUGAAACACACACACUCACGAAUGAUAUUUAAAACAAAUAUGGAUGGAAGAAGAUGAGCGAAAAAAAAAUAAAAACCACAUAAAAAGAAUAAAA